GGGCUGGCUGCUGGGAGGGAAUGUGGCUUUGUGCUUGGAAAACAAAGAACAGAGCUUGGGGCUGACUUCUCCUGGGGGUGGGGACCGGCCCAGAGGCUGCUGACAGGCCCAGAGGCUGAACUACAGGGCAGGGCUUGGCAGGAGCAAGCUGUGGCCCCAGACAUCAGGGAAGACCCAGGAGGCCCCAAAGGCCCUGCUACUGAGGCCCAGCCCACCCCGGCUGGAGGUGGGGGCCCACCAGGAUGAGUAAGCUGUCCGGGGACCUGCUGGGCCGCGACCUGGAGCGCAGCCUGCCGGCCGUGGCCUCCCUGGGCUCAUCGCUAUCCCACAGCCAGAGCCUCUCCUCGCACCUCCUCCCACCGCCACUGCCGGAGAAGCGCCGGGCCAUCUCCGACGUCCGCCGCACCUUCUGUCUGUUCGUCACCUUCGACCUGCUCUUCAUCUCCCUGCUCUGGAUCAUUGAGCUGAACACCAACACAGGCAUCCAAAAGAACCUGGAGCAGGAGGUCAUCAACUACAACUUUAAAACUUCCUUCUUUGACAUCUUUGUCCUGGCCUUCUUCCGCUUCUCCGGACUGCUCCUGGGCUAUGCCGUGCUGCGGCUCCGGCACUGGUGGGUGAUUGCGGCUCCGUCUUUGCUCUGUCUGUUUGUCUCUCCCUCCCCUGGGCAGGUCACCACACUGGUGUCCAGUGCAUUCCUCAUCGUCAAGGUCAUCCUCUCUGAGCUGCUCAGCAAAGGGGCCUUCGGCUACUUGCUCCCCAUCGUCUCCUUUGUCCUCGCCUGGCUGGAGACCUGGUUCCUUGACUUCAAAGUCCUACCUCAGGAGGCUGAGGAGGAGCGAUGGUACCUUGCUGCCCAGGCUGCUGUUGCCCGAGGACCCCUGCUCUUCUCCGGCGCUCUGUCUGAGGGCCAGUUCUAUUCACCCCCAGAAUCCUUUGCAGGAUCUGACAAUGAAUCCGAUGAAGAAAUUGUUGGGAAGAAAAGCUUUUCUGCCCAGGAACGGGAGUACAUCCUUCAGGGGAAGGAGGCCAUGACGGUGGUGGACCAGAUCUUGGCCCAAGAAGAGAACUGGAAGUUUGAGAAGAAUAACGAAUAUGGGGACACUGUGUACACCAUCGAGGUUCCCUUUCACGGCAAGACCUUCAUUCUGAAGACCUUCCUGCCCUGCCCCGCGGAGCUGGUGUACCAGGAGGUGAUCCUACAGCCUGAGAGGAUGGUGCUGUGGAACAAGACUGUGACCGCCUGCCAGAUCCUACAGCGAGUAGAAGACAACACCCUCAUCUCCUAUGAUGUGUCUUCAGGGGCCGCGGGUGGCGUGGUCUCUCCCAGGGACUUUGUGAAUGUCCGACGCAUCGAGCGGCGCCGAGACCGAUACCUGUCCUCCGGCAUCGCUACCACGCACUGCGCCAAGCCCCCAACGCACAAAUACGUCAGGGGAGAGAAUGGUCCUGGGGGCUUCAUCGUGCUCAAGUCAGCCAGUAACCCGCGAGUCUGCACCUUCAUCUGGAUCCUUAAUACAGAUCUCAAGGGCCGCCUGCCCCGGUACCUCAUCCACCAGAGCCUCGCAGCCACCAUGUUCGAAUUUGCCUUCCACCUGCGGCAGCGCAUCGGAGAGCUGGGUGCCCGGGCAUAAGGGUGCCUCCUCGCCACCCUGCGGGCCAGGGUCCUGUCGCCACGGCCUCCAGAGCCAGAGGGGGCACUGCUCGGGCUUCCCGCUGCCCACUGAGGACCUGGCCUCGGCAGUGGGGAGGGGGGAGCUUCCUCCACAGCAGCGCUGUGACCUGAGCUCCUGCCCUACACCGAGCCUCACUGCGCCUGGGGGCGGCCAUGAGCCGGCUGAGGGCUCAAGCUCUGGGACUCUGCCGCUGCGCCGAAUGGGUCUUUCCUGCCAGUGGUUACACGGCCUCCCUGCCUCUGAGAGGAAGAGACCCACUGUCCCCUACCUGGCCCAGGGUGGGGUCUGGAAUGGGAGCCACGGACUCAGCGGGAGAGGACCCUGGGCAGGACCGAAGUUGGGGCAGCUCAUCCCCAGUGUGAAGGUGUGGGAGCUCCGCGCUCAUCAUGGUUUUUUAGGAUUAUUUAAAGGGUCUGGGACCUUCCUCCACUUGCACUUCCACUUGUAGGGGUGUGGGUGGCAGGUGGGGGUGGUGGGCACUGGCAGGGAGCCUGCGCCUCCCAGGUUCUCUCCAGGUUGCGGCCCUCCACCCCCACCCCCCAGUGCCUCCUUGGGGACCUUUGUAAUUUGAGCCAAUUAAAAACAGGAACUCAAAAAACA